AUGGAUCAAUGGAUGUUCUCAGUGGACGAUUUGAGCAAGACACCAUCAGUACAGGAUGGAUUUUCGCCCGGAGACGAAGCUGCUCAAAAGGCGUGGGCUUGUAUAUACAUACGGAGAAUAGGAAGAGACUUGAAACUAUCAACAGAGACGGUGGCAACAGCAAAGUAUUUUCUACAACGAUUCUAUCUUCGCAAGUCAUUACGAGAUGUAAAUCCUUAUGAGGUCGCUCCCGCUGCACUCUAUCUAUCAUGCAAACUGAGUGAUUCCUAUCGAAAGCUUCGUAUAUUCAUCAUAUCCACGGUCAAAAUCAUUGCCAAACAAACCAUAACAGAAUCCAGCAAGGAAUACAGAAGAUGGAGCAACGCCAUACAGUCAACUGAAGAAAUGCUGGCUGAAGCUUUAUGUUUUGACUUUUCGGUGGCUCUACCCCAUUAUUAUGCUUUAAAACUCAUUGAUGACAUAGGAGGCUCGGAAUCAUUAAAAAGAUUAACGCUAGAGUUGUGUGAUGACGCGAGCUGUACAUCCAUAAUACUAUAUCAGCCGCCAAUAACAGUCGCUGCUAUUGCACUCUACGUGGCCAGCCUGUCCAUGCCUGGUGCACUAAUAGAUCGAAUGACAGGAGCUUCUGGCGUCGAGUGUUUGAGUAGUUUGGACUAUCCAGAGCUGCAGGCUCUAGAUGACAUUACCGUCGCAGAUUGGAGUAGAGAAUUACGCUUUGAUUUAGAAGGACCUGUUGGUUUAAAAGAUGAACAAGUCACUGCUGCAUUCAAGAAACUGGCGGACUUUCGUGCUGGUCUCACUGUGAUUAAUGGCAAUGCAUCUGAUGUGGAUCAAGACUCAAAAUAG